AGCUGGCUGGGGCCGAGGGACUCGCCUUGCCUUAGCUGGCUGGGGCCUGGGGGCUCGCCUUGCCUUAGCUGGCUGGGGCCUGGGGACUCGCCUUGCCUUGCCUUGCUGUCCACAUCCUCUUGUUUCUGCUGUCCUGUCUCAUUCUGAAUGAGACAUCUCGAGGGAGCCUCCUCGUGGCGCCCGCACAUAUAAAACCAGUGGUUUGCAACUCCCGGACACUGAGUCCAGCCUCGCCCCACGCACGCGUCACCGCUUAAUGCAUGCUUCAGCAGUUCAGCAUCCUCUGCCCCGACCAGCUCAGCGGAAUUAACGGCACAACAGCUACCGGACAAAAUAACUCUCCUCUUCUUUAUACAGGUGCAGGCUGCCAGUGCUGAAACUGCUCCAGGGUGUUGGUCAGCAGAGCUGCAGACUACUUGUCCGUCUGUCUGUCUGUCUGUCUGUCUGUCUGUCUGUCUGUCUGUCUGUCUGUCUGUCUGUCUGUCUGUCUGUCUGUCUGUCUGGGUGAACAGGACAGAAGGAGCAAUGGCUAACAGGGGACCCAGUUACGGGCUGAGCAAGGAGGUGCAGGAGAAGAUAGAGCUGAAGUAUAAUCUAGACUUGGAGGCCCGGCUGGUGGACUGGAUCGUAGCUCAGUGUGGGGGGAACCUGGAGAGACCACAGCCAGGCAGACAGAACUUCCAGACAUGGCUGAUGGAUGGAACAAUUCUCUGUAGACUCAUCAAUAGCUUGUACCCGCGUGGUAAGGAGCCCAUCAAGAAGAUUCUGGAGACCCAGAUGGCCUUUAAGCAGAUGGAGAAGAUCUCCCAGUUCCUGCAGGCAGCAGAGGUCUACGGAGUCAUCACCACAGACAUCUUCCAGACCGUGGACCUGUGGGAAGGGAAGGAUAUGGCCGCAGUGCAGAGAACCCUGAUGGCCCUAGGUAGUGUCGCCCUCACCAAGGACGAUGGACAUUACCGUGGCGACCGCGACUGGUUCCACAGGAAAGCUCAGGGUUACCGGCGGGAGUUCUCUGAGGACCAGCUUCGUCAAGGCCAGAGUCUGAUUGGUCUGCAGAUGGGAAGCAACCGCGGGGCCUCUCAGUCCGGCAUGACAGGCUACGGAUCGCACCGCCAGAUCAUGUAGAGACACCAGCCAGCCGCUCAGCCAGCUGCCAGCCGCUCCCUCUGCAUGGCUGUGUACUCCAGAAGAAAGCUCCAUCACGCCCCUGGAACCUCAUGAUAUGACCCAACCACUUUUCCCCCUUCCCCAGAAGCACUAGCAAAUCACACGAGCACACACACACACACUUUUACUGUUCAUCCUCAACCCAAACAGAGUGCUCCUUAUACCCCAACCACAAUUCUAUAGACCUCAGUGCUUUCUGCUUCCCCCAGCCCCGCUCUCCAUCCAAAUGGUCCCACUCUCUCCAUCCAUAUGGUCCCACUCUCUCCAUCCAUAUGGUCCCACUCUCUCCAUCCAUAUAGUCCUGCUAGCCAUUCCCUUCAGUGAAUGAAGUCUUCGUAAUUCAGUCGGUACAGAGAACCCAAGAUUGAAGUCAUCCCUCUACAAAACAAGCAAAUAGUAUUUUACACUUCUAACAAAUAUUAUAGCACGAAACGUUAUAGCAUGUUACAUAUUUUAAUUAACUGUUUGUUUGUAUGUACAGUAGGUGUGUCUGAGUCAUUGUAUAGUCAUUUGGGAGGGUUUGCUAUACCUCAUGAAAAGUUUAAUGUGUAACCGAAUGGAACUCAGUGAAUGAUGAUGCCUCGGAUGUCUUGUGUCAAUAUGUGAAGACUUUGCGGUAACUUCUGUAACCAAAUGACCAUCACAUUGUGCCUGGUUAAUAUAGCAAAGGGACCAUAAACUAUGCCUUGUAUAAGAGAUGCCACCCACCCUAAUGCAGAGGAAUUCAUAGACCUAAAUUCAGUUCUGUUUUUGUACUAACAUUCUGUGCUGUGCAUUUAUUACUUAUGUAUAAUUGAUGUAAUGUACUUGUAUGUGCCCACUGUCCAUGUGUGUUUCAGCCAAUCCCAUGAUUGUUAAAGACCCACAGUAUGAAAGUGACAGUAGGAUCAUUUUGUUCCAGACCUGAUAUUGCUUGAAUGUAUUUUUUUCCCCUUCAAUGUAAUUUGUCAUGUUUACAUAAACAAAUAUGUUUAUAUCUGAAUCAUUGUGUGUAGAAAACAUAAUAAAUUAGGUGAAAACUGA